AUGAUGAAUCGAUUCAUAGUCUUUUCUAUUCUCAUAAUUUGUGGAAUUUCUGAAAUUUUUGCCGAAACUUGUCAAAAACCUGAAGUUAUUGCCUCUGCAUAUGUUACAGAAGAUGCAACAAUUUUAACAAAUGUUGCAUUUACAACACAAUUUGUGCUUAAAUGUAGUAAUGGUGUGAAAGGCAUUACAUUGUAUGCAGAGGUUGAUGGUAAAUCAUUACCAGCUGCUAGGUUAAGUUCUGACAAUAAAUAUCAGGUUUCUUGGACAGAAGAUGUGAAGAAAGCACGUUCAGGAGAUUACAAUAUAAAAUUAUACGAUGAUGAAAGAUAUGCAGCUAUACGUAAAGCACUAAGAAAUGGAGAAGAUUCAAACAGCGUGAAACCAUUAGUUGUUGUAGUACUUAACAAUCCAGGCAUAUAUCGUGGACCUUGGGUUAACUCGGAACUUCUUGCUGUUCUUUUAGCUGCUUUAGUAUCAUAUUCUGCUUUCUCUUCAAAAUUCAAGCUUCUUGCUUAA